AUGAUGGUCAGAGCGGUCUUGACAGUGUGUGUUUCCAUUUUGGCAUUUAUCGUUAAAGUACACGGCCAAUCGCAGGUAAGAAUCUUUGAGGUUUUUGAAAGUUUCAUCCAAUGGUAACUUAAACUUAUUGCCUGCCUUUCCACCAGCCUCAAUGUGGCUAUUCAAGGCAGCUAUUCUCCUAUUGUCAAGGCAGGCUGAAUUGUGGUGACAGAAGGAAAAGACAGGAAGACUUUAUAAAAUAGCGGCACAAUAAGUAAUGCCGGACUUAAAGUCAAUCGCGAAACUAGAAAGGCACUUUUCCAUGUAAUAAUGAGGUUAUUUUUUAUUACUCCAGCUUCUUCGAUGGUGCGUGGAGGAAAAUGGCGUGUGCAAUCAAAACUGGGAAUGUUGCGAUAAGAUGUUGUGUAGCGAUCACUUUGGAGUUGGAAAAUGCAUACCUCUGACUAGUACAUACCCUGCCCCUUGGCCUGCCCCAGUCUCCGCCGCGCCCGUACCAUGGUAUGGUCCCUACAUAUUUCUUAAGCCUAAAAAGAAGAAACGCAAGAAGAAAAAGAAGAAAACAAAGAUCUUGAUAAAAGUAGCUGGAGAUCUCACUGGACUGACCGUCAAGGCAAAGAAAAAGAACAACUUAUUUUAG